AGACUAUUCCUUUCUUUCCUUCUUCCCAUCCCAGUCUUCUCAUUUUCAUUUGUUGCCAUUGGUUUGAGAUUUGUACCUGUCAUUUGUCAAGCCAACUCAUGAACGCCCUCCCCUCAGAUCCCUCAACUCCUCCGCCCUACGCAAUUCCCUCCUUCUAAUCAAAUUUUGAUGACAACAAUAAUACACUUGGAUGAGUGGGGCAAAGCGUGAGGUGAAUAUAUUUAAACAGGCAAUUGCGGUUGUUUGAUGGGCAACACUUGCCGUGGAUCUUUCAAAGGCAAACUGUAUCAGGGCUACACUCAGCCCGAGGAUCUCUCCAGAACUUCAACUUCCAGGCGCAACCCUUCUUCUGAUCACACCAAUUCCACCUUCGCCACCCCUGAUUUCGUCACCACUCCUAACCCCAACAACCAUAACAAUUUGCCCAUUUUGAGCCCCACCAAGGAAGUCACCACCAUGAGGCGCACAGGACUCCCAAUAUUCGCGACCUCUACAACUUGGGGCGCAAGUUGGGGCAGGGCCAAUUCGGUACUACUUACCUCUGCACUGAGAUUUCCUCCGGGAUCGAGUUCGCUUGCAAAUCCAUCUCCAAAAGAAAGUUGAUCGCCAGAGAAGACGUCGAUGAUGUUCGCAGGGAGAUUCAGAUUAUGCACCAUUUGGCUGGUCACAAGAACAUUGUCACCAUUAAAGGUGCCUAUGAGGACCCUUUGUAUGUUCACAUUGUGAUGGAGCUUUGCUCUGGUGGGGAGCUGUUUGAUAGAAUCAUCCAGAGAGGGCAUUACAGCGAGAGGAAAGCCGCUGAGCUUACCAAGAUCAUUGUUGGUGUUGUCGAGGCUUGCCAUUCUCUUGGGGUUAUGCAUAGAGAUCUAAAGCCCGAGAAUUUCUUGUUGGUUAACAAGGACGAUGAUUUCUCUCUCAAGGCCAUCGAUUUUGGGCUCUCUGUGUUUUUCAAACCAGGUCAAAUUUUCACUGAUGUUGUUGGAAGUCCAUAUUAUGUUGCACCAGAGGUGCUUCUCAAACAUUAUGGGCCAGAAGCUGAUGUAUGGACAGCUGGUGUCAUUCUGUACAUAUUGUUAAGUGGGGUACCGCCAUUUUGGGCUGAGACACAGCAAGGAAUAUUUGAUGCAGUCUUGAAGGGGCAUAUUGACUUUGACUCGGACCCAUGGCCGUUAAUUUCAGAGAGUGCUAAAGAUCUCAUUCGAAGGAUGCUUUCAUCCCAUCCUAAAGAACGAUUGACUGCUCAUGAAGUAUUGUGUCACCCUUGGAUCUGUGAAAAUGGAGUUGCUCCUGAUAGAGCUCUUGAUGCAGCUGUACUCACUCGUCUCAAGCAGUUCUCAGCAAUGAACAAACUAAAAAAGAUGGCUCUACGGGUGAUAGCUGAAAGCCUUUCGGAGGAAGAGAUUGCUGGUUUGAAGGAAAUGUUCAAGUCUAUGGACACUGAUAACAGUGGUGCAAUUACGUUUGAUGAACUCAAAGCAGGUUUAAGAAGAUAUGGCUCCACCAUGAAGGAUACAGAGAUACGUGAUCUUAUGGAUGCGGCUGAUGUGGACAAUAGUGGGACCAUUGACUAUGGCGAAUUCAUAGCUGCGACAAUCCAUCUCAACAAAUUGGAACGUGAGGAACAUCUUGUUGCUGCAUUCCGGUACUUUGACAAGGAUGGAAGCGGUUACAUAACAGUUGACGAGCUUCAGCAUGCAUGUGCCGAGCAGAACAUGACUGAUGUUUUCAUUGAGGAUAUAAUCAGAGAAGUUGAUCAAGAUAAUGUACGCAAGCCCAAUAAUAGAUAAACGCUACUGAUGGAAGGAUUGAUUAUGGUGAAUUUGUGGCGAUGAUGCAAAUGGGGAAUGCAGGAAUUGGUAGACGAACAAUGAGGAACAGUCUAAAUUUGAGCAUGAGGGAUGCACCUGGUGCUCAAUAAUGCAUCAUCGCGACACCAACUUGUACAGGCAGUAGAGGAGAUGGCCUAGGAGAGAGCACUGACAGGAGAGACAGCCUCCUCAAAUUUUCAUUUCCGGCCUGAGACUGUAAAAGAAAAGAAGAUUUGGAUUGGAGGUUGGAGGCCCUGCAGUCGAGAGCUAGAAUUUGCAAUGGCUGGCUUGGAGGGAGACAUGUAUGCAUAAUAAUCUAAAUUGAUGGGAGACUGAAAAAGAAAGAGAUAAAGGGUAAAAGAAACAGGUUGUUGUUGCAUUUUGUAAAUCCGAGUGUGAAUUAAAGAAGUAUUGCUACUGCUACGGCCUCCUCGCUCUGCAAUUGUGGGUUUCGUAAGGAACGCUUGUUAAAGAAAGCUUUUGUUUCCCGUUUGUACCGAUUUUUUUGCAAGCUAUAUCUCCCUAGUUUUUAUUGGACUUCAUCUUCCUCUUUCACUGAAAUCGUGUCUGUAUCUGUGUUCUUUUUUUUUCCUGGGUUUUUUUGGUAGAACAAGUGUGAGAUUGUACUCUCCUCCUCUGGCCUGGUGAGGGGGGUUUUAGUAGAGAGAGAGAGAGAGUGUGCUGCAAUUUGUCCUUGGAAUCAAUUUUUUGGAGCAUUGCAGUUGCUUGUGGAUGAAGUAUUGUAUCAGAUCCUGAAAGAAGAAUUGUUCAUUGUAUUUUGACUGCUAAUAUCUGCCUCUUAACGCUCAGCCCUUGUAUUUUGGUUGUUGUAAUGUUUUAACUAGGAUGUUAUUGCCCGCGCUCUGCGUCGGGAUUUGAAGUAUUUAUUGAAUCAGCUUGGAUUCCAAA